UUGAACAGAUGGAAAAUUACCUGGAGCGAAUGUUUUCAGAGGAGAAAAGCUUCCAGUUACAGCCCUGCUUCUGUACUCAGGGAGGUGAGACACAUUCCACUGCCACAGGCCAAUUUCCACUCUGAAAGUCUGGGAUACCGCCCACCUUUUUCCUCUGGUCGUGGAGCAGCCGAUGUACAGUUUUGCAUUUCAGAAGUUCCUCGCGGAAUCUUUGGUGGAUACAAGAUGGCCUCUCAGAAGCCCGGUUUUAAGUUAAUGGGGCUGGCUGUGCUGCUGAUUCUGACAGUUCUCAGAGAUGUGUCCGGUGGCAGCCAGAUACACAAGAUCUUUAAGAAAAGAGAUGUGGCGGCGGCUGUGGCGGGUGAUCCCCCAUCAGAUACCUCCAUCUCUGUUCCUUCCUCCAAGGCCCAGGAAUUCCUCGCCAAGCUGAGCAGGACCAAGAGGAACAUCUGGGACCGCAGCAGACCAGAUGUCCAGCAGUGGAUUAUGCAGUUCAUGCACAUGGGCUUCGAUGAGCAGAGGCUGGAGGCUGACCUGUCGUACUGGAUGGACCACGCGCGCUCCAGUGACCAAGGGCGUCAGCAUCACUACGACGAGAACUCCCCCGUGGGCCCGCGGGACCCGUCUUCUUACAGACACGGAGCAAAUGUCAAUUACGACUACUAUUAA